UGAAUCUGUUCUUCUCUCUUUGUCAAGACUCAACAAGGGGACUAUUCAGUCAUUUUGUAGGCGCACACACACACAGUUACUUACACACAAAACUCUCUUCUUGCCAAAUCAAAUCUGAAACAAAAGAGUUUCCCUGUUUUGUCUUUUAACCGCCCUCUCCCUCUCUCUCCAUAGCCAUCUUUGAUCGGAAAAAAUGGUGGUUCCCGGACGGAGAACCGUCUGGGACGGAGUAAUCGAGCUGACGAAGAUAGCUCAGGAACGGUGCGUCGAUGCUCGUCUCUGGGCUUCUCAUUUAUCAGCGACCUUGAAACCCUUCGUUGAGUUCCCUUCAACGGAGCUAGCGGAGGUUCUCGUCUCGUACAUUUGCUGGGAUAACAACCUCCCUCUCCUCUGGAAGUUCCUCGAACGAGCUAUGUCUUUGAACCUCGUCUCUCCUCUCGUCGUUCUUGCUCUGCUCGCUCACAGAGUUGUUCCAAACCGGUCUACGCAAUCAGCGGCUUAUAGGAUUUACUUGGAGCUUCUUAAGAGAAAUAUUUUCAGGAUUAAAGAUCAUAUUACCGGACCUCACUACGAGAAUGUCAUGAACUCAGUAGCCAACAUUCUUCGUCUUCCAGAGUUAUUUCGUCUGGAAACAAGCAAACCUGGUGUGCUUUUAGUAGAGUUUGUCUUUAAGAUGGUGUCUCUGCUGCUGGAUGCAUGCUUAAGCGAUGAGGGUUUGAUAGAGGCAAGCCAAGACUCGAGUUCCCAGUGGCUGAUCAAGUCUCAAGAUAUGGAAAUUGAUGCUCCUGAGAGGUAUAAUGGAAAGACCGGAUCUCACGAGAAGUUACAGACUUUGAACACAACCAUGGCUGUUGAGAUGGUUGCAGAAUUCCUCAGAAACACAGCGAUCUCCAGAUUACUGUUCCUGGUAUCCUCCAACAGGGCUUCAACUUGGCAUGAGUUUGCCCGGAGAGUACAAGUGCUCGGAGAGAAUUCAUCAGCCCUAAGACAUUCAAAGGUUCUGAAUUCUGGGGAUCUAUUGCAGUUGAUUUCAAAUAGAAGAUUUGGUUAUUCUUACGACAGCAAAGUAGUUUCAUUAUGCAAAUCCAAUGCAAUAGUGGAUUUUGGAUCCCUUGCUUCUUUUGCUGGCUUAUGCCAUGGAGCAAGUCUCUCUUCACUCUGGCUUCCUCUUGAUCUGGUGUUUGAAGAUGCUAUGGAUGGGUAUCAAGUAAACCCUACUAGUGCUAUUGAAAUCAUUACUGGCCUAGCUAAAACACUUAAAGAAAUUAAUGGGAGCACUUGGCAUGACACCUUCUUGGGUCUUUGGAUAGCAGCUCUCCGACUUGUUCAAAGGGAAAGGGAUCCUAUUGAAGGACCUAUUCCUAGACUGGACACAAGGCUGUGCAUGUCAUUAUGUAUUGUACCUCUCGUGGUCGCAAACCUUAUUGAAGAGGGAGAGGAUGAAUUUGUCAUGGAAAAGCUGCGAGAUGAUCUUGUUACAAGUUUGCAGGUCCUUGGUGAAUUCCCUGGGUUGCUGGCUCCUCCUCAGUGCGUUGUUUCUGCUGCCAACAAGGCUGCCACUAAGGCAAUCAUGUUUUUGUCCGGUGGAAAUGUUGGGAAGUCAUGUUCUGAUGUCAUAAACAUGAAGGACAUGCCUAUCAACUGCUCUGGAAACAUGCGCCAUCUGAUAGUAGAGGCUUGUAUUGCAAGAAACGUACUGGAUACAUCGGCCUACUCGUGGGCUGGUUAUGUUAAUGGUCGAAUCAACCAAAUACCUCAUAAUCUUCCGAGUGAAGUACCUUGCUGGUCGUCAUUUGUCAAAGGGGCACCUCUGAAUGCUGCAAUGGUGAAUGCAUUAGUUUCAGUUCCUGCUUCAAGCUUAGUAGAGAUCGAGAAACUAUAUGAGGUUGCAGUCAAAGGAUCGGAUGGUGAGAAGAUAUCUGCUGCCACAGUGCUUUGUGGGGCAUCUCUUACACGGGGUUGGAACAUACAGGAACACACUGUUGAGUUUCUUACAAGAUUACUAUCCCCACCCGUUCCAGCAGAUUAUUCCGGCGCUGAAAGUCAUUUGAUUGGUUAUGCCUGCAUGCUGAAUGUUGUUAUUUUUGGGAUAGGAUCUGUUGACAGCAUUCAGAUUUUCUCUUUACAUGGCAUGGUUCCGCAACUUGCUUGCUCACUAAUGCCAAUCUGUGAAGCGUUUGGAUCAUACACCCCAAGUGUAUCGUGGACUCUUCCAUCUGGAGAAGAAAUCUCAGCAUAUUCUGUUUUCUCAAAUGCUUUCACUCUUCUUUUAAAGCUCUGGAGAUUUAAUCAUCCUCCUAUUGAGCAUGGUGUAGGAGAUGUCCCCACAGUUGGCUCCCAACUCACUCCUGAACAUCUUCUUUCAGUGCGUAAUUCUCAUCUUGUUUCCUCUGAGACCCUUAACAGAGACCGAAACAGAAGGAGGCUUUCAGAAGUUGCAAGGUCAGCAUCUUGCCAACCAGUGUUUGUUGACUCGUUUCCCAAGCUGAAAAUCUGGUAUAGGCAGCACCAGAGAUGCAUAGCUUCCACUUUAUCCGGACUUACACAUGGAUCUCCUGUCCACCAGACGGUUGAAGCACUUCUCAACAUGAUGUUCAGAAAGGUCAGAGGCAGUCAGGCAUUAAAUCCAGUUAAUUCCGGGACAAGCAGUUCGUCGGGAGCUGCUAGUGAAGAUGUCAUUCCUAGACCUGAGUUUCCUGCUUGGGAUAUCCUCAAAGCCGUUCCAUAUGUUGUAGAUGCUGCUUUAACAGCUUGUACGCAUGGAAGGCUUUCUCCUCGUGAGUUAGCAACAGGUCUGAAAGAUUUAACUGAUUUUCUCCCAGCGUCAUUAGCAACGAUAGUAAGCUACUUCUCGGCUGAGGUGAGUAGAGGUGUUUGGAAGCCAGUAUUCAUGAACGGCAUGGAUUGGCCAAAUCCGGCUGCAAAUCUAUCCAACGUUGAGGAAUUUAUAAAGAAAAUUCUUGCAACUACAGGCGUUGACAUCCCUAGCCUUGCUCCAGCAGGAGGGAGUUCUCCGGCGACGCUCCCUUUACCUUUAGCCGCUUUUGUAAGUCUAACCAUUACUUACAAAAUCGACAAAGCUUCAGAGCGGUUUCUCAAUCUGGCUGGUCCAGCUCUUGAGUGCUUGGCUGCAGGCUGCCCUUGGCCUUGCAUGCCCAUUGUAGCUUCCUUGUGGACCCAAAAGGCGAAACGUUGGUUUGACUUUCUUGUUUUCUCUGCGUCUCGCACUGUCUUUCUUCACAACCCAGACGCUGUGGUUCAGCUCCUCAGAAACUGCUUCAGUGCCACUCUCGGAUUAAAUGCUGCACCCAUGUCGAAUGAUGGUGGUGUUGGAGCUCUUCUUGGCCAUGGAUUUGGCUCUCAUUUCUACGGCGGCAUCUCUCCUGUAGCACCAGGGAUUCUCUAUCUCCGCAUGUAUCGUGCUCUCAGAGAUACCGUCUCUGUGACGGAAGAGAUUUUCUCCCUCCUGAUACAUUCCGUGGAGGAUAUAGCACAGAACAGACUCUCAAAGGAGAAUCUGAAAAGGCUGAAGACAGUGAAGAACGGAUCAAGAUACGGCCAAAGUUCAUUAGCAACGGCAAUGACUCAAGUCAAGCUUGCUGCUUCGCUUAGUGCCUCAUUGGUAUGGCUAACCGGCGGCUUAGGUGUGGUUCACCUGCUCAUAAAAGAAACCAUCCCGUCUUGGUUCUUAUCGGUUGACAAGUCAGACCAAGAACAAAGACCAUCGGAUCUAGUUGCAGAGCUAAGAGGGCAUGCCCUUGCCUACUUUGUGGUCCUAUGUGGAGCAUUCGCUUGGGGCGUGGACUCAAGAUCAGCUGCAUCAAAACGCCGCCAAGGAAUCAUGGGAAGCCACUUGCAGUUCCUCGCGAGUGCCUUGGACGGUAAAAUAUCAGUGGGAUGCGAGACAGCAACUUGGCGGGCUUAUGUCUCCGGUUUGGUGAGUCUAAUGGUGAGCUGUUUGCCACGUUGGGUGGCAGAGGUCGAUGCAGAAGUGUUGAAGAGUCUGAGCAACGGACUGAGACAGUGGGGGAAAGAUGAGCUGGCGAUUUUGUUGCUAUCUAUGGGAGGCGUUGAAACAUUGGGGGAUGCAGUUGAUUUCAUCAUUCAUUUGCGUUCCUAGCUUUUAAGGGUUUUGAUCUCUUCCAGGUUUCAGAUAGUUUUUUAGUUGAUUUUGGUUGAUGGUAGAUGUUUUUGCUUAGUGCUGCUUCCUUUUUUCUUGCCUUGUCCGCUAGCUGUAGUAUAGUGUGAUGAAUCUAACAAGCAUGUAUAGGGAAUAUAAAAAGACAAAUCUUGUAAAGAAAUAGGAUUCUUUUCUAGCAAGAUUGUUAGGUCUGCAAUUUGCAUUUGAUCUUCCUCUCCUUUCUGUCCGUUGCUACACUGCAAUAAAUAAAGAAAACAGAGGUUUUGUGUUGUGU